CAUGUUGAUUGAACUUCCCGACACCGUUCUCAGAGAAGUCAUUCGAAUGCUUCCUUGGGAGGAUAGGCUCUCUAUGACUAGAGUUUGCUCAACCUUGAGGCGGAAAAAGAAUUCUUUUUGGCAAGAUAAGAAUUUGGAAUGUGUUGACCAUUGGCCUGUAUUCCGUCUGUAUGGAAAUGAUGUAAUGAAUCUUCGAAGAUCUCUGGAAUGUUCUAUUCCAACGUUUGUUCUUCAUUACGGUCAAACAUACUGGUUCAGAAAAAAUUUGAGAGUUGGUCAAUUCACCUUCGACUGUUACAGCAAAUUUAUGACUACUAUAAAAUUAAUGUUGGAAUCAUUCUAUGACGAGAAAAGCUACAAUUUCGACAAUGAAAAUUUAAGAGAUUUAUACAUUGUUUGUAACUUCAGCGGAUUUAAACAAAAAAUGCAUACAAAGAUACUGCCUGAAUUUUUGAACGAAAAGACAAAAUUACACUUGACUCUUAUUCAGAACAUUGGUUUACAGCUCAAUUUAAUUUUAUGCUAUAGGAUGAAUUUAACAUCGCUUUGCUAUAUAGAUUUCAGUCAGACUAUUCCGGAAUUGUUAGAGUUAUUAUGUUCAUGUAAAAAUUUGACAACUCUUAUCUUAAAUGUCGUUCAAGACAACUUACACUUGAUCAUGAACAUGGAAUCUUUAAAAAAAAUUAUUUUGGUUAAUAAUGACACAACAACAACGCUUCAGUCAACAGAGUACAUUACAAUUGACUGGUAUAAGAUUCAUCAUCAUUUCAAGAACUCUUUGUCUAUACAUAUGAACAUAAAAGAAAGGUCUUUCUCAAAGGAAAUAUUUCCACAUAUGCCUCUAAAAUCUUUGGUGUUGGAUAGUUUAUGUAAUCAAAUUAGCGCUGAAGAUUAUAUGUACAUUACGAAAAUAUAUGGUGAAAGUCUCACUACGUUUGCUCAUGUAAGUUUUAGAUGGUCCUAUCAACCAUUAAUGGAUAAUUACGAAAAUGGAUUAAUAGAGUUAGCCGCAAAUUGUAAAAGAUUAAAAACUAUUGUAUUUGGUCUUCAUUUUGAAAUGGAUUUACUUAAACCAAUUGCAGAAGGAUUACGUAAACAUACUGAAAAACCUUUAUUAAUAGUUAAUAGACAAAAGUGCCAUUCGAAAAAAGGAAAAAAGGCAACAGAACAAGAUUUAGAAGUUAUAGAAGCAUCUAUAUCAUUAUCAUUUUCUUAUAGGUGGGCCCUUAUACCAGAUGAACUAUUUUUGUGUAAAGCUCUUAAAGCGCUUGGCUAUGUGCUUCCUCAAGUAUAA